AUGUUUCUCCUUCCGAUCCUCUUCGUUCUCACUCUAUUCGACGCUUCCGCUGAUGCUCAGGUACGGUUGCCGUUGUUCUCCGCACAAUAAUUUCAACGCGAAAUUUCAGAACAUGGACAUCCAGCCGCUGCUCUCCCUUCUCCGACCCGAAAACAUGCGGAGUAUGGCCGAGCUGGCCACCGAGCUCUCCUCGAUGGCGUCGAAGAAUAUGAAGGAGAACGAGCGCGACGUUCAGUGAGUUUUUUUUUCUUCUUUUUUUUUGAACAGAGAUUAGGGUUAAGACGGCAAAACGUUUGAACAAGAGAGGAGAAGAAAAAGAAGAAGAAGAAGAAGAAGAAGAAGAAGGAGAAGGAGGAGAACCUGUUUGGUGUGGAUGUUCCCGAAAAGUACAAAAGUAUUGUUGUUGCAGGAGAACGAUCGCCGCUCCGAGGCAGCCGACACCGGAACAGAGACCGUCACAGAUGAUUGGUGGAGGUGAGAAAGUGAUGGACGGAAACGAAAAUCAGCGUUUUGAACGAUUUCCACUCGUUUUGUAUGCGAAUUACGUGUAAAAUUCGAAGUUUGUGCCCAAACGUGCAAAGGUACUACUAUGUGGAAUGAGCCGAAAUUUGAACUUCACACCAAAACCGCGAUGGAGCGCACUUUCCGCUGGUGAUCUCUCUGCUUACAGCCAUCCAAAACCUCGCCUAUCAGGGCCGAAGUGCGUUCCUGCAAGCGCUGGACAAACUGGAGGCCACUUCCUCCGCAUCAUCUUCGCCUCCCCCGCCUUCUCUGCCAUCGGCCCCGCCGACUCUUCCUCCGAUCAUGACGUUCCCCACUCCUGCUCCUCCUCCUCCGCCGCCCAUCUUCGGAACGGCGCCACCAGUUGGCGAAGCGGAGAACACGUUCGAUUCGGGCGGCCGCGACGUGUUGGGAGUGCAAGAGUUCAAGCGGAAUCAGGAGAAGCGGCGAGAGAUUCGCUACGCGGAGCCCGUGGUCGCAGCGGCCGCCGACCCGGUGGCUCCGGUCGAAUUGGCCGCCGCUCCGGCUGCUUCCGCCUCUGCCGCUGCAGCUCCGUCGUCUCCAUCGGUUCCGUUGGCUCGGCCUCCACCGCCGGUGAGUUCUUAUCGGUCCUCAGAAGCUUGUACUCGUUCUCACGAGUUUCUUUUUCAGACAAACUCGUUCGACGGCAGUCCGUUCAUGCAGAUCGCCCGACGGUUCCUUCAAGUCGGCACCGGAACUCGUGGCGCGCAAGCCAACGAGCCGCUCCCUCAAAUCGGAAUCCGCGACUUCAUCCCCAACACCGACAGCAAUUUCGGUCUGCCACGUGGCAAAGGCUGCCUGCCGUUCAUCUCCGAAUUUAUGCAAGUCGCCUACGGAAACUGUCAAAACGUGGCCGACGAGAAGACGUUCGACGCGUGGGGCGACGAGCUCCGACGGGCGAUAAUGACCGGCGAGAUCGAUCUGUUGAAGGCGAGCCAGGAGACGUGCCGCCGCGGAGCCGAGCGACAGCAGUGCGACGCUCUGCGAGAAGCCGUCGCCAAUUGUGACGUCAUGGCGAGUCUCGAGAUCGGCACCCAAUUGCAGCGAGCCAUGAAGCGAUGCGAAGAGGUCUCCGGGAUGAUGGACCAGUCGCCGGCGGCGGUGCUGGGACAGCUGAACAACCUGAUUAGCGGGGAAGUGGCGCAGGGAUUCCUUAACAACUUUCUCAAGAACGGAUAA